GUUUGACUAACUCCACGUCGCGUCGCGUCGCGUCGCGUCCUUGUGUAAAUUAAUCGUAACGAACUUCGAACGGUUGCACUAAAAAGUUGAAAAGAUAAAACUCGAAAUAAUGUCCUUUUCUUAUCCUUGUUUAUAUUUAUGCGAAAAAUUCAUUAAACUUUUCAUUGGGAACGGUUGUCACUCUUCUUCCCACGUGAUCACUGUCAAUUACUUAGCUCGUUUUUCUUUCGCGUUUUCGCUGAUGUGAGGAACAGCAAUUUUAUUACAAUAACAGGCUUGUUACAAAUGUCAGCGAAUCCCUUGACCGAAUUGGGCUACUUCAAUUUGCCUUCUCGAUCAACAGAGACGAGAUAGAUAGGCAAAUAAACGAUGAAUCUGGAUAACCCUGUCGUUCUGCAGUUGAGGAAUGUGGGUUAUGAAGAUGACAGUGAUUACGAGGAGUUCGUGUUAUUUGUUUGACUCAAACAAUGUCGAUCACCAGUUCCUAAUAGAAUGGCAGAAUUUUGGAACACAUAGAUAAGAUGGGAUUCUCAGCUAUCGCAUAUAAAGCAAUUUAAUUAAAAAUUUUAAUUUCAGUAUUCAAAGAAAUAUUCAGUUAAUCGAUACACACUAGACUAAUCAAUUCAGAUUACUUAAAUAUCAUGUUAAAAAAUAUGUCUACUUACCCGAGGAAAUUGUUGCUUGAAGAUAUUUUAUUUCCACGUUAAAUUCCAAUAAUCAGUAUGAUUUUCACAGUUUUACGUAAUUGAAUGGUUAAACGAGCUUCCAUCGGUACUGAUAAUUUGACGGAAUCAUAUUUUCAAUUGCAAUAUUGCAAAUUUAACGAUGAAAAUCUCGUCGAACACUUACAAGAACGUGUACCUAUACGCGUUGAAAAUUUACUCGACUCGCAUCCGAUCGCGUUGAGCCCGAAUUGCGUUUGAUUUAGCGGAUAAAUUUUUACAGUAAUUUGCACCGUGAUCCAUUAAUUUCCCAAUUAACAGGAACGGCGGUCGUAUGCAUGUUUCGACGGUAUUGAAAUUACGUGACACGCAGCAACGGAACGUCUACAAAGGCAUGGCGGAUGUAACUAAACCGACUGGAUGACUGAAAGUAAAAAAUUAGCAAGAUCUUUUUUCGUCAUCGAGUACGUCUGGGUUCUGAUGCGAGUGCCGAGAAACGUGAAUUUCUGUGGCUGCGUGCGCCGCGCGGCGUGUCACUUACCGUGGGAAUUCUAAUUGAAUUCCAAGUGGAUUCGCAAACGUAACAGCGAACACGCAUCCUGAUCCCGCGUAUAGUCUCGCGUUGAAAACGUUUCUAGAAAUUCCUACCGAUACUAAUCUGUCCGUGGUCAUUGGUGCUGGAAGAACGCGUUGCACUCGAAAUGUAAAACAAAUAACUCUUGUCUGGCAACUGUUGCAUCGGGACCUCACUAGUAUUGAUUUAAUAUGAAUCGGAUAACUUUCAUCUUCCUGUCAUACAAUCCUUUCUUUAAGAUCUAACAAUCAUAAAUAUUUCUCCUACUAUUUGACGUGUGAUUUUAGUUGAACACAUUAAUUCAUAAAUAAUAUUAAGUACGCGACAAUGGCAAUAAAGUGAUUAUUGAUUGUGCAAAUAGGUAACUCAGUUAUAAUCAAUUUCCAUGUAACGCGAUUGCUGCCUUCAAAGUUCGUAAUAUCAUUUAAGUAAAGUCUCGUUGAUUAGCGAAACGGAUUAAAAUGAUACUGAGAAAUAGGGAAGAAUCCUCGGAGGAGGGUGUUAGGCGUGGAUAACGGGGAAAGAAGACACAAAUCGUUGCAUCGUGUUUUGCGACUGCGUCAAGGGAGCGUGGAUCCUCCACGGGUCCAAGUUUCGCUUCAGUUUACGGCGCGCUGUCGAUUUCGCCGAAUUGACGUCCCGUUCCUAUCGAGAUGAGCUUAUUCAUCAGUGCACUUCGGCUUCCCAAUAACAACCUCUUCAUCCUCCAUACCGUGAAAAAUUAAAUUAAAGAAAGAAGGCAAAAAACACGCAAAUAAUCGUGAUACCAGUUGAAAAUAUCGGGAGAACGAUGUCUAGGAGUAUAUUUCGAUACGCAGUUUCAAUAUGUUUUUCCUGACAAACUUUGUGCAUCGGCCAACUCGUGAAUUAAAAAGAAUACUCAAACUUUUCCGUCACCUGAUUAGUUUCCCUUUUGAGUGGUUCAUUCAUUCUUAGAAUUAUUCCGGCGACUUGUCAAGGAAUCGAAGUAACGUGUACGAAUGUAAAAAUAACGAACGAAUGACGCAGGAAUCUGUACUGUAUAAUUCGCCAGGCCAGAGUACGGAGCAUCGUUGAGACCAGAAAUUAGGCACGUGUGAACGCGACGAAUUAGCCAGACAGGACGAGGAGACGGAACUUUGUGGCCCGCCACGAAGGCAAGGGGAAGGCCUCGUGAAAGUGUCACGUCUGACUCGUAGCGAAGUGGUACAAUAACUUCGCAGUCGAAAGAAUCGUUACUUAGGUGACCCCGUAAAGUCUCAAGAAGAACGAGGAUGCAUGCCUUACUGAAAGAUGCACGUGAAAUUUAAACACACGUUCACCGGCGUCGGAUAUACCACAUAUAAAACCACCGAGAAAAGCAAUUCCUUUGAAGAGUCAAAUAGGGAACAAAGGAAUUCGGCCAAUACAGCAUCAGAAUUUUAUCUCUCGAAGAUGGCGACGAUAUUGAAUGGGACGUUGUCGUUUCCCAGCGUCGCAGAGAACGGCGAAGAGGAGGACGACGACUACGUCCCGUACGACCAACGACCCGAAACGUAUAUAGUACCUGUGGUAUUCUUAUUAAUUCUGGUGGUGGGUGUAACCGGAAAUGGCAUUCUGGUUCUGACCUUGUUGCGUCACGCCAGCAUGAGAAAUGUACCAAACACUUACGUGCUAUCUCUUGCUCUAGGAGACCUGUUGGUGAUCAUAACAUGUGUGCCAUUCACGUCGUUAUUGUACACGAUCGAAUCGUGGCCGUGGGGCCUAGAAGUUUGCAAAUUAUCGGAGUGCGCCAAGGAUAUUUCGAUCGGCGUCUCAGUUUUCACUCUGACCGCGCUAUCGGCCGAGAGGUAUUGUGCGAUUGUGAACCCAAUUCGUCGCCACGUAGCCGGUUUGAGCGCAAAACCAUUAACAAUACUAAUAGCCAUCCUUAUUUGGGUCUUGGCGAUUGUUCUGGCGAUGCCUGCUGCUCUUUUCUCUUACGUGCCAAGCAUAUCGUUACAAAAUAACCAAACUAUCGAGAUUUGUAGUCCGUUCCCUAAGGAGUUCGGUGAAGGCUAUCAAAGAGGAAUGGUGAUGUUCAAGUUUCUGGUUUACUACGCGAUACCGUUCUGUGUAAUAAGUGGAUUCUAUUUGGGAAUGGCACGGCAUCUUGAACUGUCUACCAGAAACAUGCCCGGCGAGAUGUCUACCGUGUGCAGUCGCGUAGAGCAAAUCAGAGCACGUAAAAAGGUUGGGAAGAUGGUGAUUGCUUUCGUGAUUAUCUUCUUCAUUUGCUUCCUACCGUAUCACGUGUUCAUGCUCUGGUUUCACUUCUGCCCGUCCUCAAAGUCGGACUAUGACGACUUUUGGCACGCCUUCAGGAUUGUUGGUUUCUGCCUGUGUUUCGUUAACAGCUGCGUCAAUCCAAUUGCUCUUUACUUUGUCAGCGGGACAUUUCGCAAAAGAUUCAACGAAUAUCUUUGCUGUUGCCUGUCGACGAGGGCACGAAGGGCGGAGAGGAAUGGCAAUCGUAGCGUGAAUUUCUCGCGAAGGCGACACGUGGGUGAGCCAGGUGCACUUUAUGAAAUCAGUUUCGGUUCCACGUUUCGUAGGAACACCCAAGAAUUGAACUCGACUGCUCUUUACGAGCUGGGAAGCGAGGAUAUCGCAAGACCGACUUAAGAUUCGAAUUAUAGGUAAAAUAAUCGAAAGUAGAAGAAAGAAGUCAACGAGUGCAUGGACGUAAUCGUCGUUGUCGAUACCAGAGACACAGUUCAAAACCGAGGACCAUUUAAUAGCAUUGGAAGUAAGAUAGAUUUACGCUGAAUGCCACAGAAAUUGCAUAGCGCAUUACAGGCAUGUCCAAAUCGCUGUUUUGAGGCUGGCUCCCGAAUAGAGUGAUAAGCCGAUCAUGGAGCGGAGAGUUGUAAAGUUGUGUUAGUGGUUGAUAAUAGACGAGCACUGUGACAUUAUGUGGCUUACUGGUACAUGGAGAUGUUGUUAAAAAUCACGAACCGUGAUUUCUCACGGUGAUAAAAAAAUCACGUUCAUGACCCGCGAUUAUAGUCAAUCACGACCGUGAUCGCGAUUUGGUACAGUGAGUGGAUUUGCUAUAAUAGCCUUAUUAAUAUCUGUUAAAGCAAUUGGAAAUAAAUUUUGAUUUUUAAAAUAUCCGAUAUAAUUUCUAAAAAUUUACUAUUUAUUUCGAAAGAUAAAAUUAUUCACUUUCUUAUAAUUUACUAUUUUAAAUGUGCAUGGCCUAUGUGAGGCGCGCAAGUGACAGAUUUUUAAAGAAUCUGAAGCAAUCACGAAUCACUGUGAAAGAGCAGUUCUAGCCAUCGACCAUUAUCACUAGUGCCACUAGUAUUACUAAUAUACCUACCUGCCGUUGUUCCUUUAUUAUCGUCUCGCUCACACAGUCUAUCAUUUACUUUUACCCAUGGUGUAUGCUCGAAUGACGAGCGAUUGUAAUCCGGUCCCGAUCGGUGACCAUACAUAUCCGGAGACUACUGUAUCUCGACGUAAACUAUGAAUGAACUCAUUCAGUACGAAUGUACGCGUGUCAUUUGUUCACUUCGCGAACGGCCUUGCAUUCGACCGCGAGGUCGAACUACCACGGGCCACGGGCGAAAUCGCAAUUACAAGGCGGCUUCAGAAACCAACGCGCGCGUUCCGGUUCACCAUACAUAAUAUCAACAGCAAUCGUCAUCGAGCAAAAGGAUACUGAAGCACUCCCGUGGACAUGCCUGGUGUAUAAUAUGUACGAAUACUCACGAAUUGCGCAGAAUAGGUGAACAAAUUAAAAUGUUUAAUUUCACCAGUGAAUGCACGAAUGAGCUUUGAACUUAGAAACGUAGUUUAAACAUUUGCAACAUUGCUAAUAUUAUUAAGUGUGAUGUAAGGUAAAGGAAUGAUAUUUCAAUACCACGAAUCCAAUUAUACUUUGAAAGAACCCGUCCUUUAAACGAAACCGAUCAUAUGGCGAAUCUUGCUGACCAACAUCUCUUUUGUAUCCAUACAUCUGUAUAUCGAACUAGGUAACGCAUAACAUGCACAAUAGAACUGCGCUUCGAGCCGAGCAAUAACUCGCAUUCCUACCACAUUUUACGACCGGUGAUCUGUGUGAUAUAUUUUUACGAAAUUCACUAUUGCUUUAAAAUUGCCAGUCAACCGUAAGGUGCAUUUCAGUUUCACGCGAAACACGACCUCUUUUAUCGAUCUUCAAUUAUCCCAUUCUUAAGUCGUGAACUGGAAAUGAAUUAAUUUUCUUCAGCCUGUCGAUACCUAUCCUUAGCCAGCGAUACUCCCCCUUUUUUCUACCGUGCUUCCCCGCCCAACUCCUUCCUUUAUUACGCUAAUCGACACGUCUGUCUCGUGAAACCGUUCGAUGGAUUGUAUCGCGGUAAACAGAAUAAAAGGGAAGAGAGGAUUUCCAGCGUUAUUAAAUUGCAACGUGAGAUUUAAUUAGAGUAGCGAAUGAGAAGGGAGCCUCCCGUGUUAAUUGUAUUCUGUCUGAUGACCUUGCUCCCUUCGCCUGUUAAUCGAGAAUUUCUGUUUGACGUGUUGCACCCUCGUUAACUGGAUUUAGCAUCGGACGUCCAUUGGCCGUCGCGUAUCAAUGCGUUAUAGGUACCCGCGUCGCGUCGCGUCGUUCAGAUAACGCCUUCUCGAUGCCUCUAUUAUAACUGUAAUUAGGCCACGCAGCGACUGAGACGUUUCUAAGAGAAUCGAUGUGUCGUCGAAACAUGUAUAUUAAAUACCCGGACCGAUGCAACUAUGACUCAGCCCUUUCUUCCCACCAAAUUUCUUCUGUGACUCGAAUAAAAAUUCAUUUCGCCAGACCUGA